GUGUUUUUUUUUGCUCCAACCGGAGAGCAUGUUUAUUAUCUAAUCAUCAGUAUCAUGUUGUGAAAUAAGAGACCAUCGAGCGCUGUUUUAUCGAAUCUUUACCACAAUUAAGUUUUGUUAAGUGCAAAAGUUGGUGUAACUUAUACUAGUCUAAAAGUGCUUCUUAUCUUACCCUCACCCUCACAUACACAAUGUCCCGCGCACAAGACGCCGUCGGUAUUCUGCGGGGGCUCAAGAUAGUGGCCGAUGCCGUUGGCAAAUCCCAAUCCGAGUACGCCAAACAUCUGUGGGCCAAUUCGAGCGUACGGGAGGUGCUGGAGCAGCAGCUAGCGACCGGCGAACAGUCGGUCAAGCAGGUGCUGAACAAUCCGACCCAGGAGCUGGAAAAGGUUGGUGGCAAGCUACGCGAAACGAUCGAACGGACGGCGGUUGUGGCGGAAGGCCUCCGGCAGCUGACCGCAGCAGCGAUACCGAAAGUGGGCCCACUUUCGCCGGAUGCAUUUCUGAACCAGCGCAUUCCGUCCGCUGGAACAGUUGCCCCGCCCGGGUCGGAACCCUCGGGAGAUAUAGCCAGCCUGGACAUUUCCAAGAUUACCCUGAAGGAGCUGGAAUCGAUACUGUCCGAGCACAGCAAAACUCGCGAGAUAAAGCUAGGCUUAGACAACGGGAAACGAUCCACCACAAAGCAUGUGGAACCGAUCGUUGCCAAAGAAAGCCUUGCCGUGGCAGCAGAAUCACACACAGCAGCACCAUCACAAACCAUUCUACCUCCGGAGCCGGCAGCCCGCCUCAAAGAGCCGGCUCGUGAAACGAAAGCUUUUACGCGCGACGAGCAGCAGAUAGAGAAGAUGUUGCAUUUUGUUUCCUCCUACGAUAAGAACCCGUCGGCGACGGUACCACCGCCCGCCGUACCGCCGGUAAAUCCAGCACAACCGAUCGAACUACCUCAGCUCAGCACGGUGGCCAAGCAGCGCAAAGUCCCUUCGUCGCGUGUCGCACGACUCGCCUCGUUCGGUGGCCUGUUUGCCGGACUCGGUCUGGGCACGGUGAACGAGCUAGCAAAGGGUGCCCUCGGUAUUGGCGGAACGCUGGACGUGAAGCAGGCCCUGUUCAGUCCGACCAACGCGGAACGCAUCGUCGACACGCUGUGCAAGGUGCGGGGCGCCGCCCUGAAGCUGGGCCAGAUUCUGAGCAUUCAGGAUUCGAACAUCGUAUCACCGCAGCUGGUGAAAGCGUUCGAGCGUGUCCGGCAGGCGGCCGAUUACAUGCCGGACUGGCAGGUGGAGCGGCAGCUCGUCAGCGAGCUCGGCCCCGAUUGGCGCUCCAAGCUGCAGAGCUUCGACCAGAAACCGUUUGCGGCCGCCUCGAUCGGCCAGGUGCAUCGGGGCGUACUGAAGGACGGUGGCAUGGAGGUGGCCAUCAAGAUCCAGUAUCCGGGGGUGGCGAAAAGCAUCGAAAGCGACAUCGACAAUCUCGUCUCGAUGCUGAAGGUGUGGGACGUGUUUCCGGCCGGCGUGUUCAUCGACAACGUGGUCGCGGUGGCCAAGCGCGAGCUGGCCUGGGAGGUGGAUUAUACGCGCGAAGCCGAGUACACGGAGCGGUUCGCGGAAAUGAUACGCCACAUGCCGGAGUACCGGGUGCCGCGCGUGGUAAAGGAGCUGACGUCGAAGAAUGUACUGACGACGGAGCUUGUACCGGGCGUACCGAUGGAUCGGUGCUUCGACAUGAGCCAAGAACAUCGUGAUCACAUUGCGUACUGCGUGAUGAAGCUCUGCCUAAAUGAGCUGUUCACCUUCCGGUGCAUGCAAACGGACCCGAACUGGUCCAACUUCCUGUACGACGCGUCGACGAAGCAGGUGAUGCUGAUCGAUUUCGGCGCCACACGCUUCUACCAGAAGGCAUUCAUGGACGAUUACUUAAGGGUCAUUAUUGCGGCGACGAAAAACGACCGCCAGCAGAUACUGGAGCUGUCGCGCAAGAUGGGCUUCCUGACCGGCUACGAAACGCCCGCCAUGGAGAAGGCCCAUGUCGACGCCGUGCUCAUCCUCGGCGAAGUGUUCAGCGUGCCGGGCGAGUUCGAGUUCGGUCGGCAGAGCACGACGAAGAAGAUUGCCGCGCUGGUGCCGGUAAUGAUUGCGCAUCGGCUCUGCCCGCCGCCGGAAGAGAUCUACUCGCUGCACCGGAAGCUUUCCGGUGUGUUUUUGCUGUGCGCGCGGCUCAACGCCAAGAUCGACUGUAAGCCUAUCUUUAACGAGGUGAUGCAGAAUUACAAGUUUGACUAAAACCAUCCAGUACAAGGCUGUUGCCGGGCAAUAAAGCAACCUGACUAAACGAUCCGAUUAACACAGUACGCAACAAUGUUCUGGUUUAAUCAA